AUGGCAGGAAACCAAAUCCAUGGCGAGCUACCAAAUUGGAUGUGGAACAUAGGCAAGGAAACUCUGACACUCCUGGACAUUUCUGGAAACUUAAUUUCAGGAGAACUUCCAGCUGUCUUACCCUGGGUUAAGCUAAUAUGCUUGAGGCUUUCGGGCAACACUUUUCAUGGACGAUUACCGAUCCCUCCACCAUCCCUGGUAGAAUAUGGAGCUGAAAACAACAAUUUUACUGGAAAAAUUUCACCAUUGCUUUGCAAUAUGAGUUCUCUUCAGUUCCUUGACGUGUCGAAAAAUAACUUGAGUGGCAUGCUUCCUCAGUGUCUCGGAAACUUUAGUGAUCGUCUAAUCCUUUUACUUCUUGGAAGCAACUCUUUUCAUGGCAUGAUGCCUCAAUCAUACAACAACAGAAGCGAUUUGCAGAUGAUUGAUGUUAGUCAUAACCAAUUGCAGGGGCCAUUACCGAGGUCAUUGGCGAAUUGUGUGAAACUCGAGUAUCUGGUUCUGUCAGACAAUCAAUUCAGUGAUGUUUUCCCCAUUUGGUUGGGGACUCUCCCAGAGUUAAAACUUUUGGCAAUGCGCCAUAAUCGCUUCAAAGGUGUAAUAGGACAGUCUAGAACAAAUGUUGACUUCCCCAAGUUACGCAUUCUUGAUUUGUCUUACAACAGUUUCAAAGGUGAGAUUCCACCUUUGUUUCCAGAUAUUAUUGUAAAUAAGUCAACAUACAUGCAUACAAAAGUAGACUAUAACUUCAAUGGUUUUUAUGUUGUGCGGAGUGUUGAUUACUCAAUCACAUUAGCAAUUAAAGGUUUGGAUUUGUACUAUUCAAAGAUUCAAGAAGGCCUUGCAACCAUUGAUAUCUCAAGCAACAAAUUUGAAGGUAGGAUUCCAGAAUUCAUUGGGAACCUUAAGGAGCUUCACUCACUCAAUAUUUCCAACAACAUUCUCACUGGUUCUAUUCUAUCAUCCUUGGGGAACUUAUGGAAUCUUGAAUCGUUGGACCUUUCACAAAACAAGCUCUCAGGACAUAUCCCCCAACAACUGACACAACUUACAUUCCUUGAGAACUUUGAUGUGUCUCACAACAAUCUCACAGGUCCUAUACCGCAAGGUACCCAACUUACUUCAUUCAAUAGCACUUCAUAUGAGGGAAACCCAGGAUUGUGUGGAGAUCCAUUACCAAAGAAAUGCGGAAAUCAAGAGGCCCCUCAACCGCCACCUUCAACUGAAGAAGACAGUGAUUCAGGCUCAGCUCGAACGCUUGAAUUUGAUUUGAAAUUUUGUUUGGCUGGAAUUGGAAGUGGGUUUGUAGUGGGAGUGGUUCUUGCGGAUGUCGCCAUCACAAGAAGGCAGGAGUUGUUUCUUAAGAUCGUUGGAAUGGUCAGGCUAAUGAUAUGGAAAAGGUAG